UAAAAAUGAUGUACUUUACUGAUAAAGUCCAAUGUUAAUUAAUUGUAUGCAAAUAUUUUUUAGUGGUUAAUUCACAUUGCAGUGAGAAAAUACAUACAUGUUUGUAUAAUAUUGUUUAGUGAUGUUUACAUGAUUUAUCUAAUAUGUUAAAAAGUUUCGCUUCAAUAGUAUAAUUCAUCAUUGGCCAUGAAAGUGACGUAUUCCUGGAUAAUAUACUCAUACAUAAUUGUUGAAACCCGAAUACGAUAAGCGAAGGCGCAGGCAACCUGGCAACGGUGGGUACCGCUGCUCAUUGUUCGACCGCGACCAUGGACUAAUAGAACAAAUAGUGACCGCGACGAAAACGUAAACGGCAUGGCAAUACCCACGAAGACUAGAAUAAGGAGACCAAACUCCGCUUCUGAUAACGUCCCAAAAUGAGUCGCACGAUUAAACGGCCACAGGUGGCACUGCGUAUGCUAAGGUUGCUACUUAAACCCGUGUAGCAUUGGGAUCAUUCAUGUUUUUUGCGUUUUUUGUAAAUCCAAGAAUAGACGUUUUUUGUGAAAGAAUACUCGAAAAACGACAAACUGUUUCACCAUGCAAAAUCGCAGACCAGUAUACAUGUAUAUCUGGUCAAUGUAUUAAUGAAACAUCAAUUUGUGAUGGAACUCGAGAUUGUAAUGAUGGGUCUGAUGAAACUUUAGCAUUAUGUGAAACAAUUCGAUGUGAAAAUAAUCAAUUUCGGUGUAAGUAUGGGGCUUGUGUUAAUAUGGACAUUAAAUGUGAUGGUGUAAAACAGUGUGCUGAUGGAUCUGAUGAAGAAAAUUGUCUUGGUCCUAUUUCAAUCUCUGCAGAUACAUCAAUACUAAAAUUUGUUAAUAAUACUACAGAACUAAAGACGGAGUCUAAUAAAAAGAAUUUAUGCAUUCUACCGAGCCUUGAAGGAAUUAUAUAUUCUUACCAAGGUUCAGAUGACAUUUUAGCUCACGGAACAUUGAUUAAUCACAAUCGCACUGUUAUUGAGAACUGUGAAAUUGGAUAUCAUAAGGUUUACCCCAAUAGUUUUAGGGUUUGUCAGAAUAAUGGAAAAUGGAAAUUGAAUGCUGAGAAAUUAUGUUUAAAGUGCGGUAGAUCGUAUAUCAGACAUCAAUUAUUGAUCUAUAAUGGCAGGACAACGCAAGUUGGAACAGCACCUUGGAAUGUAGCAGUAUAUCUAUUUAGGAAAGAGAGUUCCAUGUAUGAUUUGAUAUGCGGAGGAUCACUAAUCGCUCCAAAUUUAGUCGUUUCUGCGGCUCAUUGUUUUUGGCAAAAAGGUAUGCUAUCUAAUAGAAUUUCAGUAAAUGAUGGUCUAUACAGAAUUGCUGUUGGGAAAUAUUAUAGAAAUUUCACAGUAAUUGACAAUGAUUUUACUCAAAUGAUGGAUGUGGAAACAAUUUAUCUGAAAGAAGACUAUCUGGGAUUUCAACGGUUAUAUUCUGAGGAUAUAGCUGUUAUCGUGUUAUCAAACAGAGUUAAUAUUAGUGAUGCUGUUGCACCAGUUUGUGUUGAUUGGAAUGGUACACAUAAUGUAACAAACGGAACUAAAGGACAGGUUGUUGGUUGGGGAAAUAGUGAAAACUACAUAAGAAGUCCGGUUUUAUUAGAAGCAACUUUGCCGUACAUUGACUAUAAUUCUUGUUGGAAGAUGUAUAGAGAUAAUAAUUUUCAAAUGUUAGUGACUUAUGAUAAAUUUUGUGCCGGAUACACAUCAGGUCAAGGAGUUGGCGAAGGUGACAGUGGUGCAGGCUUGACGUUUUUACAUUCUGAUUUUUAUUAUUUAACCGGAAUUGUGAGUGUCAAGGAAAAAAAUACAAAUAAUUCAAUUGCACUUUUUACAAAUGUUAGGCUCCACAUGAAAUGGCUUCGUGAUUUGUAUUAUAAAUAUGGUUCUUCUGGUAGUGAUAACAUGCUGGAUAUGAAAAAUGCAUGUGUUUUACCAGCUGCCGAAGGAGUAAUAUAUUCUUAUGAAGAUUCAGAUAAAAUUUUAUCUCAUGGGACAUUAAUUAAGCAGCAUCGUGUUGUAAUUGAGAACUGUGAAGUUGGAUAUGAUAAGGCUUAUCCUAAUGGUCUUAGGAUUUGUCAGGGAAAUGGAGAAUGGAUAUCCAAUUCUACGAAUUUGUGUUUCAAAAAGUGUCCACCUCUAUUAUCAGAUAGUUUAGAUAUUAAAUGUACUCUAAAUGGUAAGAAUGCUAAUUGUUCAAAUCCGUCUAUACCCAAUACAUUAGCAAUCCAAUCAUGUAAGUCCACUCAUAGACUACGAAAUAGACAAGAAGGGACUUCAAUUGAAUUACGUUGUCAGUUUAAUGGGACGUGGAAUAAUCAACUAUAUAGAUGCACCCCAUAUUGUGGUAGACCGUAUAUCAGGGACAAUUUAUUGAUCCAUAAUGGUAGUACUACAGCACAAGUUGGAACAGCACCUUGGAAUGUAGGAAUAUAUUUAUUUAAUAUUGAAAGUUCUAAGUAUGACUUGAUAUGUGGAGGAUCAUUAAUUGCUCCAAAUUUAGUCGUUUCUGUGGCUCAUUGUUUUUGGCAAAAUGGUAUGCUAUCUAAUAGAAUAUCAAUAAACAAUGGUCUCUAUAAAAUUGCUAUUGGGAAAUAUUAUAGAAACUACAGAGUUAUUGAAAAUGAAUUUACUCAAAUAAUGGAUGUGGAAACAAUUAAUCUGAAAGAAGAUUAUCAAGGAUAUCAUGGGUUAUAUUCUGAGGAUAUAGCUGUUAUCGUGUUAUCAAAAAGAGUUAAUAUUAGCGAUGCUGUUGCACCAGUUUGUGUUGAUUGGAAUGGUAUACAUAAUGUGACAAAUGGAACUCAAGGAAAGAUUGUUGGUUGGGGGAAUACGGAAAAUGACAUACCAAGUCCGGUUUUAUUAGAAGCAAAUUUAACGUACAUUGAUAAUAAUUCUUGUCGGAACAUAUAUAGAAUUAAAGAUUUUCAAAAGUUUAUUACUUUUGAUAAAUUUUGUGCCGGAUCUACAUCGGGCCAAGCAGUUCGCGAAGGUGACAGUGGUGCAGGCUUGACGUUUUUACAUUCUGAUUUUUAUUUUUUAACCGGAAUUAUGAGUGUCAGGGAAUCAAAUGCAAAUAAUUCAAUUGCACUUUUUACAAAUGUUAUGCUCCACAUGAAAUGGCUUCAUGAACUGUAUAAUAAAUAUGGUUCUUUUGGUAGUGAUAAUAUGCUAGUUACGAAUAAUGCAUGUGUUUUACCAACUGUGGAAGGUAUUAUAUAUUCAUAUGAAGGAUCAGAUAAAAUAUUAUCUCACGGGACAUUAAUUAAUCCUCUUCGUAUUGUCAUUGAGAAUUGUGAAAUUGGAUAUUAUAAGGCUUCCCCAAAUAGUUUUAGGGUUUGUCAGGAAAAUGGAGAAUGGAAAUUGAAUUCUGAGAUUUUGUGUUUCAAAACGUGUCCACCUCUAUUAUCAGAUAGUUUAAAUAUUAAAUGUACUCUAAAUGGUACCUAUGCUAAUUGUUCAAAUCCGUCUAUACCCAAUACAAUAGCAAAGCAAUCAUGUAAACAAACACAAAUGAUACUAAACGGACAAGAAGUGACUCCAAUUGAAUUACGUUGUCAGUCUAAUGGAACAUGGAAUAAUGACCUGUAUAGAUGCACAUCAUAUUGCGGUAGAUCGGAUGUUGAACAAAAAUUAUUGAUCAAUAAUGGUAAUACAGCACAUGUUGGAGCAGCAGCUUGGAAUGUAGGGAUAUAUCGAUUUAGUAAAGAGAGUUCCAACUAUUAUUUUAUAUGUUCAGGAUCAUUAAUUAGUCAAAAUUUAGUCGUUUCAGUCGCUCAUUGUUUUUGGGAAAAUGGUAGGCAGUCUAAUUUAAUAUCAAUUAACGAUGGUUCAUAUAAAGUUGCUGUUGGAAAAUAUACUCAAGAUUACACGGUUAUUGAUAAUGAAUUCACUCAAAAAAUGGAUGUGAAAAUAAUUUAUCUGAAUGAAGAUUAUUCUAGAACUGGUGGAUCUUAUGUUAAUGAUAUAGCUGUUAUUGUGUUAAAUGAUAAAGUUUCUAUUAGCGAUGGUGUAGCACCGGUUUGUAUUGAUUGGAGUGGUAAAUAUAAUGUACCAAAUGCAACUCAAGGAAAGAUUAUUGGUUGGCAAUUUACGAACAUAAACAACAUGCCAAGACUCGAUUUACGCGAAAGAACUUUAUCGUAUAUUGAUCAAAAUUCUUGUCGAAGCAUGUAUAUAAAAGGAUCUAAAGGGUUUUUGAUUGCUGAUAAGUUUUGUGCUGUAUUUGCAUCAGACCGUAUAUUUUAUGUAACUGGUACAGGCUUAGCGCUUUUACAUUCUGAUUUUUAUUAUUUGAAUGGAAUAUUAUCUUCGGAGAAUCCACUUAAAUCUUAUUCAAUUGGAGUUUUUACAGAUGUUAAAUACCACAUUCAAUGGAUUCGUGAACUGUAUAACAAAUAUACUUAGCAAGCGAUAACAUAAUUAUCUAAGCUCAAUAUUGUUUAGUUUUGUUGGGAAAUUGAUUUACCAAGCUACAUAUUACAUACAGUGCAAAAGUCAUAAAAUUACUUAAAAUUAACAAAAGCUAUUCAAAACAAGAAUUUAAAAAGUACAAUAUUUCAUACUCAGAAUAUAUAUUCAACAGAUCUCGAAAAAAUAUAUAAACGAAUGAGUUAAAUAGUGAGCUAAUUAUAUCCAAGUUAUGGUAUAAUAGGUAUGUUUCUUUUCUGUAAUAAAAAAUAAAUAGCUUAUUUUAACGUGA